AUGCCACAUGAAAUCAAGCUUCCUUCCCUUUCCGCUGGCAUGGAGACCGGAACAUUGGCGCGCUGGUUAAAGCAGGACGGAGAUACGGUGGAAGAACGAGAAAUCCUCGCCGAAAUCGAAACAGACAAAGCGACAAUGGAACUGGAAGCACCAGUAUCCGGUAUUCUCGGGGGUAUAGCAUUUUUGGAUGGCCAGGAAAAUGUACCCGUAGGUUCAACUCUUGGAAUCCUGUUUGCUAACCAAGAUGAUUACGCAAAAUUCAACCUUAGAUCAACCAGCGUAACCAUUCCAAAUGCCGUCAAGCAAAAAGCCCGUGAAGCAAGCAUAAGUGCAGAAUUUAUUUCAACAUCAUUUGCACACCCAGAAAAGAUCAUAGCCCAAGAACCUCGAACAAAAGUAUCUCCCCUCGCCCGAAGACUCGCACGAGCGAAUAGCGUUACUCUCGACGGAAUAGAGGGAAGCGGUCCACGCGGACGAAUAGUGCGGAUUGAUAUCGAACGUGCGUUGAAGAACAAGCAAGUCUUAAGCCGAGCACCGACUAUUUCAAAAUCCGAUACCGUUAACACGAUACCAUCCACCAUCGAUGGCGAACGAAUUCCGCAUAGCCCUAUGCGCAAGGCCAUAGCGCGCCGUCUCAGUCAAUCCAAAGCCACGAUACCGCAUUUUUAUUUGCGAACAGAAUGCGUCGUUGAUGACAUCCUGGAAUUACGCAAGCGAAUUAACGCCUCCAGAAUAGCGGAAAAGAUUUCAAUAAACGACUUCAUGAUUAAAGCUUUCGCUUAUGCAUUGGCACAAACACCGCAGGCAAAUAUCGUUUGGACGGACGAGUCAAUGAUCGCUUUGACACAAGUCGACAUUGCUGUCGCCGUAGCCACGGAUGGUGGUUUGAUUACGCCAAUUGUCCGGAAUGCUGACAAAAAAAGUCUGAGUGCCAUUUCUUCCGAAGUGCGGUCUCUGGCAAUGAAAGCGCGCAGUGGGAAAUUAUCCCCUUCAGAAUUUGAAGGAGGAAGUGCUUCAAUUUCCAAUUUAGGAAUGUAUGGCGUGAGUGAAUUCUCAGCCAUCAUCAAUCCUCCGCAGAGCAUGAUCCUGGCAGUUGGGGCGGUUGAACGUCGACCUGUAUGCAAAGGCGACGAAUUGGGUGUCGCCAAUUGUAUAGCCUGCGUUUUGUCGGUCGACCAUCGGGCAAUUGAUGGAGCACUGGCCGGAGACUUCUUGAAAACAUUCAAGUCUGCGCUGGAACAACCACUCUCACUGUUGGUCUAG